AUGAAGUUCCUCACCCUCAUUGCCGCGGUCGGCACUCUCGCUGGCUUCGCUGCCGCCGGUCCAGCUGAACCUCUCCACGUACGAGCACCUUCAGAUCUGCCCAUCGACGCAAGAUCACCUCAGGAAGGAGCUGGUGACGUCAACACCUGGUUCAAAGACAGGUUCUGCGCUUCAGGCUUUGCUUCUUGUGGCAAAGCUGGAACCAACGGUGACCCGGGCAAUCGAUGCGCUCUGGCAUGCGAAAACUUUGCUGGAGGGGUUGCUCUUGGCCAUUGCCAGUGCAGCAGGGGAUGGUACCCUGACGAGUGCAUCACUCUUGGCAAAUAUGCGGGUCGCCACAAGUGCUGA